AUGGAUCCUCUACCUACCAUGGAGUUGAAAGGUGAGGUCUUCGAAAGUUGCGAGUGCUAUCCGGAUGUCGUCGAGUUCUGUCCAUGCGGAUACGAGGCUUGCCUUGCCUGGGGAAUGUAUGAGCACGUGGAGGAAACCAAUCAGCGCAAGGGAGCUCUUGUUUUUGCAAACGUCGAGCGAUGUGAAGAAUCGCACCAGUAUUCGCUUCUUCGCACACAGGUUAUAGAAAGUCCUGGCGUGUACGACAUUGCCUGGAGCCCUGACGGCAGCGUUCUAGCAUUCAAUCUAUCGGAGCAGAUAUUGACCCACCUUUGCUUUGGAGCUGGUGCAGACGGACUGGCUGCAGUGGGCCAGGAUGGCAAAUGCUACCACUUCAAGCUGGAUGCUUCGGGCUUCCGCAAGCUGGCAGAGAAGCAGCAGCAUGAUCUGGAAGUGUGGUGUGUUGACGUGUCUCCCGCAGAGCCUGAUCUGGUUCUGUCUGGUGCAGAUGAUGGUCAUGUGGCCGUCUGGGAUGUCAGAGAACCAGACACGCCUGCCCUUCGCAAUCGCCGAAGCCACGAGGCUGGUGUGACGGCUUUGGCUUUCAAUCCCUUCAACCCGUUGCAGGUGGCGUCCGGCAGCUAUGACGAAAGGCUCCGUCUCUUCGAUCUGCGAAAGCUGACGGCUGAACCGGUGGCAAAGACAGGUCGACUCGGUGACGGAGCAUACCAAAUCACAUGGCAUCCUCGGUGGCACGGCAUCCUUGCGGUCGCUGCAAUGCGCUGUGGCUUUCCCGUGUUCCGUUUUGAUGAUGUAGGCUUUGAGUGUCUGACUGCCUACGCCGCGGAUGCGCCAGAAGGUAUGCACGGCUCAUUGGGCUACGGGAUUUCCUGGCAAUUCGCGGCUUCUUCGGAGAUGUCUUUGGCAGCUUCAGCAUCGUUCUACGAUCGCAGCGUGCACCUGUGGACAGUGCCAAAGGAGAAGAUGUGUGAUGCAGAUGCUGGCCCAUUCCAAGACAGGAGGUCGAUCCUCUUUGUUGUCGAUUGUCAACAGGAUGCCAGAUUCAACGCGCAGGAGACCGCCGAGUGGAUCUCAUCGAGAUACCAGGCUGUUAUGGAAGACUACGAAAAGCAGAAGUCAGGCAACAAGUCAAUUCAUCACUUCUCCGACCUGACCCCUGUCAAUGCAUGGGGAAGUGGAGCCAAGCCAGUGGCUGUCCUCAGAGUGUUGCCAGGCAAAGAGGACUUUCUGCAGCAGUUGCAGACGGCUCUCCUCCACUUUCAGCGCGCGCGACAAGGGGAGGAAGCUAAUGCAAUUGUGGACGUGUACAACAGUGGCCUGGCAGAGAACGUCGGGGCUCGUUUCAAACGGAGGGACUUCUUUUCGCGAGAGUUGGAUAGUGGAUACAGCCAGGGCCUUGCAAAGGAGGUCAUGUCGAGUGGGGUGCCCUACAUCGGGAGCAAGAUCAGCUUGAUUACCACCUCGGAUAUGCGAUACGAAGGGUUUCUUCGGACGCUGAAUCGGGAGGAAUCAACCAUCGCCGUAGAAAGCGUGAGAUCCUUCGGCACCGAAGGUAGAGCAGACCAGACCAGAGGGCAGACAGAGAUCCCGGUGUCGAACGAAAUCUACGACUUCAUCGUCUUCCGAGGCAAGGACCUGAAGGACUUGACGGUGCUCCAGGGCAUUCCGGAGAAUGCGCCGCAGCCGCAGCCGGCACCGGCGACAAGGCCGCCAGCGCAAAGUCCUCACAUGCAGGGCAGCUACGGCCAACAUUUGAACAAGAAAAGCAUCGAGUAUGAUACGGGGCCUGGCAUGUAUCAUCCCUCGCAGAUGGCUCCAUCUGGGCCGAUGGGUGAAGGCCCGUCGGGUGGAUUCGGCUCGAGUGGCUACCAGCGGCAUUCGCCUCCUGCCGUCUCGAGGAAUGGCUACGGCCCGCCGCCUUCCAGCUGUGGUGGUGCAGGCGUUGGGCACAUGGGCGACAGCCUGGGUGGCAGCUAUUUGAGCAGCACCGGCAGCCGGCCCCCUUCGGAGAAGUCCGGCUACGGACAGGUUCGCAUCGAGGCGCCGUCCAGAACGCCGCCUUCGUACCACGACGGGCCGCAUGGACCGCCGCCUUCUUAUGUCGAGCGGCCUGCACCCUCUCAGUACGAGGAUCUCCCUGCAGGUCCACCCAGAGGCGGCCCGGUCUGUGGUCACAGGAUGGGCGACGAGGGCAAGGGUGGGCCAGCUGCGCCGCGGCCGCCUGGCGCCAUGACAUCACAUGUACAGGAGGGCAAGGACAGAAAUGGUCACGGAGCCUACGGCAUGCCAGGAGCGGUCGAGGGCAAGGGAGCCAGCGCCGGCUUCAACCCUUCGGUCGAGGCAAAGGGCCGAGGGCGCGGCAAGGGCGGCCAGAAGCAGACGCUCUCCGAGGUCCUCAAGACGCACAAAAAGGCAGAAGAGGCCAUCGUGAAGCUGAUGCGCAGCCAAGGCUCCGCUGCGGUGAGUCCGCAGGAGCUUAGGGCUCUGAGCGAGCAGACAAUCUGCAUCUACCAUUUUUACCUGGACUACCUCAACUUCUGUGCUGCGUCAGGUGGUGCCGUCUUCUCGCAACAGAGUGAUGAACAGAAUUGGGAUAGCCUGGCCAAAGCGCUGAAAAAGCACUUCGAGAAGGAUUUUGGAUCCGGUCCAAGCCAACAGAAGUCCCAGCCGCAGCGGCCGAACAACACGUGCUUGUCUCAGCCCCUUAGAUGA